CGAAGAUGACCCGUAUCUGUUGUCUGCCCUGCAAGGCCCAUCACACGCUACGCUCCUGCGCAAACGCAGCAUGUCAACGGCCUCCUCUGCGUCGUCAAUCUCUCUCCCUCUCCCUUAUCGUCCAUCGACCUCAUCGGACACCUUCCCGUUGUUGCCUUCGAUUCCCCAAUCACCAGUUGAUUUGACGAGACCGGAGACGACCAACUUGCUCGAUCCAACGCAAAAAGAGGUCCUGCGGCGUAGAACCAGGAAGCUCGAGCAGCUUCUUGGCACAACGCAUUUCCGCUCAGGAGGAUUUGAGGACGGGACCACUGUGGAUGCGUCCCGCUCUAUAAAACGAGACAGCGGUAGGGAGCAGGCAGACCGGCGUACUUCCUCCACGGGAACUCGCCUUGUUCGCUCACGCACCGCGUCCGGUCCUCCGACCACAAAGACUCAAGGGGGCCGUUUCUGCGUGCCGCUCUCCUCCUCACUGCAGCGCAUUGCCAGCAUUUCCACCCUCAACUCAGACGGUGUUCCCGUCUCCUCGCCCAGUAUCGGCGCCUCCUCCGACUGGGAAGACGAUCCUACUGAGAAAGAGAAGCGCCGACGCCGGCAAACGUUGCAGAAGAUCCAUCGGUACCUUGGCGUGGUCGUACCUGCCGACCUCGUUGCCCCCUCUUCGAGCGGGCUUGGCGCACCUCUCCCGUUGCCGGCUGAGCCGCCAGUUGCUGGUCCUAUUUGGCCGUACGAGGACAAGAAGCAAACCACAUGGAAGACACUCUUUACACGCAGCAGCGGCCCGCCCAAGCUGGACGAGUCUGUAUGGAAGCCGAGUGCAGUCGGUGUCGGCGUAGGUACGCGGCGCGUUGAUGCGCGUCGGCAGGAGCCGCAAGCACAAGCCAGCCCUGAUGAGCAUGCGAGGAACGUCAAACGGGCAGCGAAGAUGGAGCAGUUGUUUGGAUCGCCUCCGCCUCCAGCGCUCUACCUCUCACGUCCGGCAGGCACGCCCUUCUCCCCCACGGCUGACAGCCCUGUCAGCCCGAAUACUCCCCUCGUGCUUGGCACACGCCGCCGCGCGAAGAGUCAAGAUUCGCCUGCCCGCCCAAGGUUCGACGGGAUCAUUGUGACGACGGAGGAGGAGAUUGAAAUUGAAAUUCUCGAACCUGGCCCAAUGUCACAAUCAUAUGGCGCCGUAGGCUUGGGCAUUGGCCAGAAGCAGAAGCAGAAGAGAGAGAGAAUUAAGAGUGAUGGGGACGCCGUUGAUCAUGCUGGGGAUUGUCAUGAAGUCAGCGAGAUGGGCGAGCUUAGUGCGGACGAUGUGCAGGGGGAAAGUUUCAAGAGUUAUCGUCGGAGCCUGGCGAGCUUAGACUAUCUGACUCAAGCGGGUAAUCGCAAUUCUCUCGCCACACUCCUGCAGUUUGUCUCGCAAUCAGACAACCUGGACGGGAAUGAUCCGCUCCCCACUCCACCUCGGUCGUCGUCGCUGACCCCUUCAUCUCACGUCCUCUCGUCAACAGUCCCGGCUGAUAUCAUGAUCCCCCGUCCGUCUGCCCAGGAUCCCGAGACAGCCUCCCUCGUCUCGUUCGCUAUGUCAACUCAUGACCCUACCGAGAUUGCUCCUGCCCCGCCCGCGUGGAAGCGUGCAGCCAAGUUGAGGAAGUUCUUCGGGGUCACCUACCGGGAGCUGUUCGAUCAGCUCUUGGAGAAGAUCGAAACAGGUGCAAGGGAAGAUCUGGAAAGAGGAUUGUUGUCGAAAGAAGAGUUCGAGAUUGUUGUGAAGGACUUGAGAGCCCUUCGGGACAGAAGGGAGGGUCUCUCUUCCGAUCUAGUCCGCUAGGCCAAACCAUCACGAAAUGACUACCAGCUAAAGGGUAUCGGGACUGCAGAAGAUGGAUGACCAACACCACCCAUCACGCGCAGCACGACACUGUCAGCGGAAUCGAUAUGACCAGAAAACUCUUAUGAUAUGACUCGUAUGCAUUGACGCCCCGCAAAACGAUACUUUAUUAUAUGUACAUACGUCACCGAA